AUGGAGCAAGUGAUUGCCGGAAUUCCGUCUGUCGCUUGCUAUCUGGACGACAUAAUUGUCACUGGCAAGAACGACACGGAGCAUCUCAAGAACUUUGAGCAAGUCUUAGAGCGCCUUCGACAGUUUGGUUUCACACUGAAGAAGGAGAAGUGUGCCUUCAUGCAGCACCAGGUGGAAUACUUGGGGCAUGUUGUUACAGCGGAGGGAUUUGGACCAUCUGCUAAGAAAGUGUCGGCAAUUUUGAACAUGCCUCCUCCCACGCAAGUUUCAGAGUUACGGGCGUUUCUCGGCAUGAUUCAGCACUUCGCAAAGUAUUUGCCCUCGUUGGCGGACGCCUGCGCUCCGCUUAACAACUUACUCAGGAAAUCUGUGCCAUGGCAAUGGUCGGCGUCUUGCGUGGAUGCGUUUGAGGCAAUCAAGAAGAUGCUCACUUCUGCCCAAAUUCUCACACACUACGAUCCGCGCAAGGAGAUCUUCCUGGCCGUGGAUGCUUCUUCGAAGGGGCUUGGUGCAGUCAUCUACCAUCGUAUUAACGGCCACUAUCGACCGAUUGCACCUGCAUCAAAGGCGUUGACACCAGCUGAGACCAAAUACGCUCAGAUAGAGCGGGAAGCCCUCGCCAUUAUCUUUGGGGUCAAGAAGUUUCACCAAUAUUUGUGGGGGCGAAGGUUUACGCUUUUCACAGACCACAAGCCUUUAACGGCGAUUUUCGGGUCUAAAAAAGGCAUUCCCGUUACUACAGCAAGUCGUCUACAGCGGUGGGCAAUCAUCCUCAUGAGCUAUUCGUUCGAUAUACAAUUCAAGUCUACGAACAACAUCGCCAAUGCUGAUGGACUAUCCAGGCUUCCAGAGGGCCCCGAUUUGACGUUUGAUGAGCAAAUGCAGCGAGGAAUUUUCAACGUCGAGGACGAAGAGAUUAACGCGGUACACGACUUUCAUAUGUCUACUCUGCCAGUCACCGCUAAGCAUACCGCAGACGCCACUCAGAAAGAUCACUGCUUGGCGCAAGUCUUGGAGUUUAUUGUCAAUGGCUGGCCAAAGAAUCCGGAGCCACAGUUUGCCAUAUAUUUUCAGAAGCGAACUGAGCUGUCAUCUCACAGUGGAUGUGUCCUUUGGGGACUACGCACCGUGAUUCCGGAGAAGUAUCGAGCGGAUUUGCUGGACACUCUACAUGAUUGUCAUGUUGGACAGACCAAAAUGAAAAUGCUCGCCCGCUCAUACUUGUGGUGGCCAGGUCUUGACAAGGAUAUUGAAGCAAGGGUGCGACGUUGCGAUCAGUGUGCAUCCGUCGCGGCACAAGAAUCUCCGGUGCCACUUCAUCAGUGGGAGUCACCAGAGAAGCCCUGGUGUCGACUGCAUGCUGAUUUUGCAGAGCUGCAUGGGAAUCAUUAUUUUGUCUUAGUAGACGCUUUCAGCAAGUGGCCAGAAGUGGUGCGCAUGGUGUCUACCACAGCAAUCAAGACUAUUGAGGUGUUGAAAGACAUCUUUCUUCACAAUGGUCUUCCCGAGGUACUGGUGUCGGACAAUGGCCCUCCUUUCACCAGUCAACUUUUCGAACGUUUCUUGUCGGAACAAGGAAUUCAUCAUGUUCGGACACCGCCAUAUCAUCCGAAGUCGAACGGACAAGCAGAGAACUUUGUCCGAACUUUAAAAGCUGCGCUGUCCCGUUCAAGCGUGGAGGACAGGGAGGUUUUGAGAAGUUUCGUUUUCAAAUACCGGGUAACCCCACAUGCGUCGACCGGCCGUCCACCAUGUGAGUUACUCAACAAUCGGCAUUAUCGGUCCGUGCUGGAUCUUGUACGGCCCGCUGGUCCGUCUGCAUCUCCUCCUGCAAGAGACGUCGCCGCUAAGGAACGUCAGAAGCGAUGUCACGACAAACGAGCACCAGACAGAUCUUUUGGGUCCAACACGUGUGUCUGGAUGCACGACCCACACAAAAAGGGACACUGGAGUAGUGCGACCAUUGUGGGCCAGGAGGGGAAGGUUAUAUUCCGAGUGCGAGACGCUGAUGGUAAGAUGCAUCGCGUACAUAAAGAUCAUCUGAAGCAAAGGGGAAGUCUUCAAUCCUGGGAGGACGAACUUCCUAGGGCAUCGCCUGCCUCUUGUCUCUCAGCAGACUGCCUCUUGCCAUUCCCAGAAGUCGAUGACACCUUCACCUCCUGUGGCGACAACCAGACAUCAACUGAACCGUCUCCCGUUCGCAGGCCAACGUCGGCACCAGGAAAUGAAGCAACGGGACCGGACAGCAGUGUACGCCGCUACCCCUUACGGGAUCGUCAUCCUGUCGACCGCUACGGCUCGAUCUAA